UCAGCCAUAUUCCCACCGACCAGCCACACCGGCAGUCAGCCUCAAACUACCGAAAAAGCUCCGGUAAUCCCGCGGCCCGCUCCCUCGAGGUGUUCGCGGUCAUUGUUGUGCUCGCGCGCGGCCCGGAGCUCCCGGACAUGUUCCCGAGCUGAACACCGGCCCGAGGACAUGGAGCUGCGGCGGACAAGCUGAGAGAGGCGACGGCCCGACGACAGCCCGAAUUCUGAGAGGAAAGUCCAGAUUUACCGGGAUUAAAACCGAUGUGGAGGCCGGACAGACGCGGGCCUGCAGGCUGAGCGGCUGUCGACACGACGGAGCGGCGGUAACCGGCGGAGACACACCGACUCUCAGCGACACUCAGCGGAUCAAAAUGUCGGGAAUGUUUUCCCGGAGCUAACGAGCUAGCCGCAGUUAGCAGGCUGAGCUCGGCAGGACUCGGCAGGAAACGGAGCCUGGGCGGCGGGUUUCACUCGGACUGUGUGGCGGGGUCGCUGUCGGUUUGUAAGCGGGAGCGGUGGGUGUCUGUCCCGGGUCACGAUGUCGGCUCAGGUCCGUCUGAAGCGGCUGGAGGAGCUGCUGCAGGAGCAGAAGGAGGCGGGCUGCCUGAGUGUGGAGGCGCUGCUGGACCUCCUGCUCUGCUUCUACACGGAGUGCUCCCACUCCCCGCUCAAGAGGGAGAAGCACGUCACUGACUUCCUGGAGUGGGUGAAACCCUUCACCACCACAGUGAAGGACAUGCGGCUGCACAGAGACGACUUUGAGAUGCUGAAGGUGAUUGGACGAGGAGCUUUUGGAGAGGUUGCCGUGGUGAAGAUGAAGCACACAGAGAGGGUUUAUGCCAUGAAGAUUCUCAAUAAGUGGGAGAUGUUGAAGAGAGCUGAGACGGCAUGUUUCAGAGAAGAGCGAGACGUCCUGGUGAGAGGAGACAGUCAGUGGAUCACAACUCUGCACUACGCUUUCCAGGACGACAACUACCUGUACCUGGUGAUGGACUACUAUGUGGGCGGGGACCUGCUGACUCUGCUCAGUAAGUUUGAGGAUCGUCUUCCAGAGGACAUGUCCAAGUUCUACGUGGCUGAGAUGGUGCUCGCCAUCCACUCCAUCCACCAGCAGCACUACAUCCACAGAGACAUUAAACCAGACAACGUCCUGCUGGAUGUUAAUGGUCACAUCCGCCUCGCUGACUUUGGGUCCUGUCUCCGCAUGAUGGAGGAUGGCACGGUGCAGUCCUCGGUGGCAGUGGGCACUCCAGACUACAUCUCCCCUGAGAUCCUGCAGGCGAUGGAGGACGGGAUGGGUCGAUAUGGACCGGAGUGUGACUGGUGGUCUCUGGGAGUCUGCAUGUACGAGAUGCUGUACGGAGAAACACCGUUCUACGCCGAGUCGCUGGUGGAAACCUACGGGAAGAUCAUGAACCACGAGGAUCGUUUCCAGUUUCCCUCCCAUGUGACUGACGUGUCCGAGGAUGCCAAAGAUCUGAUCCAGCGGCUGCUUUGCUCAAGGGAACGUCGGCUCGGACUAAACGGGAUCUCAGACUUUAAGAGCCACCCGUUCUUCAGCGGGAUCGACUGGGACAACAUCCGAUCCACCGAAGCGCCCUAUAUCCCUGACGUGUCCUCGCCUACCGACACUUCCAACUUUGACGUAGACGACGAUGUCCUCAAGAACCCAGACAUCUGCCCUCCAAUGUCUCACACUGGUUUCACUGGUCAGCAUCUCCCCUUCGUCGGCUUCACCUUCACCACCGGCAGCUGUUUCGCCGACGGUGGCUCUGUCAGCCGGGCAAGGCAGGGCCUCCGGCAGGAGGAGGUGGGAGGAGGAGGAGGAGGAGGAGGAGGAGGAGGAGGAGGAGGAGGAGGAGGAGGAGGGGGGGGGCAGGAGGUGGAGGCAUUUGAGAGGAGGAUCCGCCGACUGGAACAGGAGAAACAAGAGCUGAACCGCAAACUGCAGGAGUCGACCCAGGCCCUGCAGGCUCCAGCUCGAGGAGGAACUCUGACCCGGGACAAAGAGAUCAAGAAGCUGAAUGAGGAGAUCGAACGGCUGAAGAAGAAGCUGGCAGACUCUGAUAGGCUGGAGCACCAGUUGGAAGAGGCGGUCACACUAAGGCAGGACUACGAGAGCUCCGCCUCCAAACUGAAGGCCCUUGAGAAGCAGGUGAAGACCCUGAAACAAGAGAAAGACGACGUCCACAGGCAGCUGGCCGACUCUCUGGAGCGUCUGAGGAGUCAGACGAAGGAGCUGAAGGAGGCUCACUCUCAGAGGAAGCUGGCCCUGCAGGAGUUCUCAGAGCUGUCGGAAAGGAUGGCUGACCUGCGCUCCUCCAAGCAGCGUCUGUCCCGUCAGCUCCGGGACAAGGAAGAGGAGAUGGAUGCCCUCCUGCAGAAGAUGGACGCCAUGAGACAGGAGAUCCGCAAGACAGAGAAGAACCGCAAAGAGCUGGAGGCUCAGCUGGACGACGCAAAGGCGGAGGCCUCGAAGGAGAGGAAGCUGAGGGAGCACAGCGAGGUUUACUCCAAACAGCUGGAGACAGAGCUGGAGAGCCUGAAGUCUCAGCAGGGUCGGGGAGCAGCAGCCGGGGGGGCGGAGUCUCAGCAGGAGCUUUCCCGUUUGAAGGCAGAGCUCGACAAGAAGGUUCUGUUCUAUGAGGAGGAGCUGCUGAGGAGAGACUCCGCCCACUCCUCCGAGAUCAAAAACCUCCGUAAAGACCUGCACGAGUCCGAGGGGGCGCAGCUGGCCGCCAACAAGGAACUGCUGCAGCUCCGAGACAAACUGGACAAGACCAAGAGGGACAGGCAGACGGAGAUGGAUGAAUCUGUUGCAGCUCUGAAGGAGAAACAUGAACGAGAGAAAAACCUGCUGACAGAAGAAAACCGCAAACUGACGGCUGAAACUGACAAGCUGUGCUCGUUUGUGGAUAAACUGACGGCUCAGAACCGUCAGCUGGAGGACGACCUCCAGGACCUGUCGUCUAAGAAGGAGAGCGUGGCGCACUGGGAGGCUCAGAUCGCUGAGAUCAUCCAGUGGGUGAGUGAUGAGAAGGAUGCUCGAGGUUACCUUCAGGCUCUGGCCACCAAGAUGACGGAGGAGCUGGAGACGCUGCGCUGCUCCAGUCUGGGAACAAGACCUUUGGACCCGUUGUGGAAGGUGCGUCGCAGUCAGAAGUUGGACAUGUCGGCUCGUCUGGAGCUGCAGUCGGCUCUGGAUGCUGAGAUCAGAGCCAAGCAGCUGGUUCAGGAGGAGCUGCGCAAAGUCAAAGCUACAAACAUCAACCUGGAGAGUAAGCUGAAGGAGUCUGAGGAGAGGAGCAGGGACAUGGGGGAGCAGAUGGAGAGUCUGAAGAAGGAGAUGGAGGAGAGUCGCACCCGCUCCGACAAAGGUCUGAAGCUUCCAGACUUCCAGGACUCCAUCUUUGAAUACUUCAACACGUCGCCUCUGGCUCCUGACCUCACCUUCAGAGCUUCUGUUUGCUCCGCCUCCUCGCUGCUCGCUCUCUGGGAAGAAACCACAGACAUAGACUCCACCCCUCAGAAGUCAGAGACCACGCCUCCCUCCCCCUCCACCAUCUCUGAACAUGAGGAAGUGAAACCAGCCUCGGUCCCAGCGAGCCCCUCCCCCACCUACCAGAGCUCAGCACUGACCACACCAAAGCCUAAAGCUCACCAGCUGAGUAUCAAGACGUUCUCCAGUCCCACUCAGUGCACACACUGCACCUCACUGAUGGUCGGCCUCAUCAGACAGGGAUACGCCUGUGAAGUGUGUUCCUUCAUCUGCCAUGUUUCCUGUAAAGACCACGCCCCCCUGGUCUGUCCAAUCCCAGCAGAGCAGGCCAAGAGGCCGCAGGGCAUCGAUGUCCAGAGAGGCAUUGGCACCGCCUACAAGGGCUAUGUCAGAAUCCCGAAGCCCAGCGGGGUGAAGAAGGGCUGGCAGCGAGCGUUCGCUGUGGUCUCUGAUUGUAAACUGUUUCUCUAUGAUGUCCCGGAGGGGAAGUCCACCCAGCCGGGGGUGGUGGCCAGUCUGGUGCUGGAUCUCAGAGACGAGGAGUUCUCUGUCAGCUCUGUCUUGGCGUCAGAUGUGAUCCACGCCACCAGGAAGGACAUUCCCUGCAUCUUCAGGAUGACGUCGUCACAGCUGAUCUCGCAGCUCUCCUCAGUGUCUCUGCUGGUCCUGGCGGAGAGCGAGGUGGAGAAGAAGAAGUGGGUCAGGAUCCUGGAGAGUCUGCAGAGCAUCCUGACCAAGAACCUGCUGAAGAACCGUCAGGUCCACAUCCUGCACGAGGCCUACGAUGCCUCACUGCCCAUCAUCAAGUCCACGCUGUCCGCCGCUGUGCUCGAUCGAGAGAGGAUCGUCCUGGGGACAGAAGACGGAUUGUUUGUGGUGGAGGUCACCAGAGACGUGAUCGUACGAGCAGCGGACAGUAAGAAGGUUUAUCAGAUCGAUUUGAUCCCGAAGGAGAAGAUCGUCGCUCUGCUCUGCGGUCGGAACCGUCACGUUCACCUUCACGCCUGGGGGGCGCUGGAAGGCGCCGAGUCCACCUUUGACAUCAAGCUGACGGAGACCAAAGGCUGCCAGGCUCUGACCACAGGGUGUCUCCGGCCCGGAGGCCCAGCCUGUCUGCUGGCUGCCGUCAAACGUCAGGUCCAGUGCUACGAGAUCACUCGAGCGAAGCCGCACCAUAAGAAGCUGUGGGAGGUGCAGGCUCCAGGUGUGGUGCAGUGGUUGGGGAUGGUGAGGGAGCGGAUCUGUGUGGGUUAUCCUUCGGGCUUCGCUCUGCUCGCCCUGCAGGGGGAGUCGUCCCCCAUCAGCCUGGUGAGCCCGGCCGACCCGUCGCUGGCCUUCCUGUCCCAGCAGCCUCUGGACGCCCUGCACGCUCUGGAGGUCGGAUCCUCAGAGUUGCUGCUCUGCUUCAGCCAGCUCGGCAUCUACGUGGACGGACAGGGCCGCCGGUCCCGAACCCUGGAGCUGAUGUGGCCUGCCACGCCGCUCGCGUGCAGCUCGAACUCGUCCCACCUGACGGUCUACAGUGAGUACGGUGUCGACGUCUUUGAUAUUCACACCACAGAGUGGGUUCAGACCAUCUCCCUCCGCAAGAUCAGACCUCUGAAUGUUGAAGGGACCUUAAACCUGCUGAGUUCAGAACCUCCACGUCUCCUUUACUUCAGCAACACCUCAUCAGAGGGCGACCUCACCAUCCCAGACACGUCAGACCACAGCAGGAAGUUGAUGGUUCGAACUCGCAGCAAGAGGAAGUUUCUGUUUAAAGUUCCUGAGGAAGAGCGACUUCAACAGAGGAGGGAGAUGUUGAGGGACCCGGAGCUUCGAUCGAAGAUGAUCUCUAACCCAACAAACUUUAACCACGUGGCCCACAUGGGACCAGGAGACGGGAUGCAGGUCCUCAUGGACCUCCCUCUGGUUUGUGAUGUCACCUCCCUCACCCCCUCCCCGUCUCCCUCCCCCUCCUCCUCCUCCUCCCGUCACACCCUCAUCUCUCCCCCCUCCAACUUUGAGCACGUCUAUCACAUGACUUCGGCGUCGGCUGGCGCCUUCUUGCAGAAAGACGCCUCCUCUUCCUCCUCCUCCCAGCAGAGCCUCCUGCAGCCUUCUUCCUCCUCCUCCUCUCCCUCCACCUCCUCUCUGGGAAGGAGUGUGAUGCCUUCCUCUCAGGACGACUCCAUUAAAGAGAAGCCCCGCCCACUGUCCAGUAUCUCCCGGCAACAGAGGAGCAAGACACACAUCACCCGCACAGCCUCAGAUUUUGGGGGAGGGGCUACAUCUCGAGGCAUCUCCGAACCAGACCAGGACUUGGACCGAGAGCCGGACUCGGACUCGACCAAACACUCGACCCCCUCCAACAGCUCUAACCCCAGCAGCCCCCCCAGUCCCAACUCGCCCCACCGCAGUCAGCUGACUCUGGACGGACUGGACAUGGAUCCCUGAGGCCCCGCCCCCCCUGGACUGAAUGAACCAAUCAGGCUGCAGACUGAGUUUAAAUUUGACUUGAUGAUUUUAUUGUGGCGGGGCAAUUCUGAGCUUCCUGCUGCUUUUACAUGUGUUGGAUUUUACCUGCUGGGAAGCCCCGCCCCUGGUUUUAACCCUGCCCCCUGCUGACAGCUGCUGUGUUUGACCUUUGACCUUAGUGUGAUUGGCUUUAUGGGACCAGUCACCUUCUUUCUGAAUAACUUCCUGUUGAGCUUUAUUGGCUGUUAGCCUGUGAGCUAACUGUGGCUAACAGAUGGGAGGUCUCACUCUGAUGAGAAAACACUGUAUGAAUUAAUUUUGUUAAACUUGCACAUCAUCAUCAUCUUCAUCAUGUUGUUGUUGUAGGAGAAAAAUAAUCUUUGAUUUGUGUCAGUGAUGAUCUUUCCUGUUGCACACCCUGACCCCGCCCACUGACCCCGCCCUCUGACCGCUCAGGUGGGGGAGGAGGGGGGGCACACCUGAACACUACUGCUUUUGUUUGUCAGAAUCACAGUUAAACAAUCUUUGUAACGACGAGACAAGACACAGACUCAAUAAAACAACCUGAACACAA